AGCCUCGACAAGUAGACAUUGUGGGGAGGGGGGGCGAGAUGAGGCAUGGCCGCAGUGUGCUAGUGUGGCUGGUGCUCGUGUGCUCAUGCUUCGAAGAACCUCUAGUUCAGGCUCAGCGACCAGCAAGAGCCGAUCCAAUCGAAGCGGCGGCGCUGAACGCGAUCCUGGGGAGAUGGGGCCAGAGCGCGGCGCGGUCGCCGGCGUGGAAGUGGAACAUCAGCGGCGAGCCCUGCAGCGGCGCCGCCGUCGACGGCACCGGGCUCGACGGCAACAACGGCUUCAACCCGGGCAUCACGUGCGCCUGCUCCUCCGACGACGACAACAGCACCGUCUGCCACAUCACCAUGCUGAAGGUAUACGCCCUGAACAUUGUCGGCCAGAUACCGUCAGAGCUGCAGAACCUCACCUAUCUAACUUACCUGAACCUGGAUCUGAAUUACUUGACAGGUCCCAUUCCAGCAUUCAUUGGGCAAUUUUCUGCAAUGCAACACCUGAGCCUGGGAUUUAAUCCAUUAUCUGGACCACUUCCAAAGGAACUUGGGAAUCUCACGAAUCUCAACUUGCUAGGCAUCAGUUUGGACACUUUCAGCGGUGGACUUCCUGAAGAACUGGGCAAUCUGUCCAAACUUGAGCAACUGUACAUUGAUAGCAGUGGUUUUAGCGGUCCAUUCCCUUCAACGUUCUCGAAGCUUAAGAAGCUGAGGAUUCUGUACGGUCAACAAUGGAGACACAGCUGUAUUGUUCACUGUGCUUCCAUAUCUUCAAUGCUAAAUAUUUUGUUUUACUUUUGCAGGCGAGCUUCAGAUAAUGAUUUCACAGGGAAAAUACCUGAUUAUUUUGGGAGUUUGACUAAUUUGGAAGAUCUGGUACUCCACGGAAAUUCUUUUGAGGGCCCGAUUCCUGCAAGUUUGUCUAAUCUAACCAAGUUGACAAACUUAAUUAUUGGUGAUAUUGUAAAUGGAAGCUCUUCGUUGGCCUUCAUCAGUAGUCUGACAUCUUUGAGUACCCUGAUAUUGAGGAACUGCAAGUUAUCUGAUAAUCUUGGAGCAGUUGAUAUGUCUAAGCUUACAAAUUUAAUCUUGCUGGACUUGAGUUUUAACAAUAUCAUAGGCCAAGUUCCUCGAUCAAUCCUUACUCUGGAAAAACUUGAAUUCCUGUUUCUUGGGAAUAAUAGCCUUACAGGAAGCCUGCCUGAUGUGAAAAGUGCUUCAUUAAAAAAUUUAGAUUUUUCAUAUAACCAGCUCACUGGAAGAUUUCCUUCUUGGGCUACAGAGAGCGAUUUGCAUCUAAAUUUGGUGGCAAACAACUUCGUUCUUGAUAGCACCAAUGACAGUAUUCUACCUUCAGGACUAAACUGCCUCCAGCAAGACACUCCUUGUUUUCUUGGUUCUCCACAAUAUUAUUCCUUCGCGGUAGACUGUGGCAGUAAUAGGUCUAUGAAAGGGUCAGAUAAUACUAUGUACGAUGUAGAUCCUUCAGACAUUGGGGCUUCAUCAUAUUAUGUUACCGGUCAAACAAGAUGGGGUGUCAGCAAUGUAGGAAAAUUCAACCAGGCCCCAAAUGGAAGUAACAUAAUAUAUAGCUCCAAUGAGCCGUUUCAGAAUGCAGCAGAUUCAGAACUGUUCCAAACAGCAAGGAUGUCAGCAUCGUCACUGAGAUACUACGGCCUUGGACUUGAGAAUGGAAAUUACACUGUUGUGCUUCAAUUUGCAGAGACUGCUUAUCCGGACACACAGACUUGGCAAAGCCUAGGAAGGAGAGUCUUUGACAUAUAUGUCCAGGGUUCUCUUAGAGAAAAGGACUUCAAUAUAAGGAAGACAGCUGGUGGAAAAUCCUUUACUGCAGUUAGGAAGAGUUACAUAGCAACUGUGUCAAAAAACUUCCUUGAGAUCCAUCUCUUCUGGGCUGGCAAGGGCACUUGCUGCAUCCCUAAACAAGGUUACUAUGGGCCGAUGAUCUCAGCAUUAAGCGUCACUCCAAAUUUUACUCCAACUGUGCGAAAUGGUGUACCGAAAAAGAAAAGCAAAGCUGGUGCAAUUGCUGGAAUAUUGAUUGGUGCAUUAGUUUUAGGAUUGGCAGCCUUAUUUGGAAUAUUUAUGCUCACAAAAAGGAGAAGAAGGCUAGCACGACAGCAACAAGAACUGUACGACCUGAUUGGACAACCUGAUGUCUUCAGUUAUGCUGAACUCAAGUUGGCUACAAACAAUUUCAGCCCUCAGAACGUUCUUGGAGAAGGCGGAUAUGGACCAGUCUAUAAGGGUACGCUAACUGAUGGAAGGGCAAUAGCUGUGAAACAACUCUCUGAAUCAUCUCAUCAGGGGAAAAGACAGUUCGUGGCAGAGGCUGCAACCAUUUCUGCUGUCCAACACAGGAAUCUUGUCAAACUGCAUGGAUGCUGCAUUGACAGUAACAUACAUUUGUUGGUUUAUGAGUACCUUGAAAAUGGAAGCUUAGAUCGAGCUCUCUUCGGAGAUAUUAGCUUGAAGCUAGACUGGUCAACACGCUUUGAGAUCAUUUUAGGCAUCGCUAGAGGCCUAGCUUAUCUUCAUGAGGAGUCCAGCAUCCGCAUCGUGCACAGGGACAUCAAGGCCAGCAAUGUGCUACUUGAUGCCGAUCUCACCCCCAAGGUCUCCGACUUCGGACUAGCCAAGCUCUACGACGAGAACAAGUCGCAUGUCAGCACGACGAGAAUCGCUGGCACAUUUGGCUAUCUGGCUCCUGAGUAUGCAAUGAGAGGCCAGCUGACCGAAAAGGCCGACGUCUUCGCAUUCGGGGUGGUCGCCCUGGAGGCUGUCUCUGGCCGAUCGAACUCCGAUAACUCCCUCGAUCAAAGGAACAUCUAUCUCUUAGAGAGGGCAUGGGACCUGUACGAAGGGGAGCAACCACUGCGAAUCCUGGACCCGAGGCUGGAGAAGUUCGACGCCGAGGAAGCUCUGAGAGUCAUCCGUGUCGCGCUCAUGUGCACGCAGGGCUCGCCGCACCGGCGGCCGCCGAUGUCGAGGGUGGUGGCGAUGCUUACCGGGAAAGCCGAGGUGACUGAGGAGGUGGCGAAGCCAAGCUACGUCGUCAUCACUGAAUCGCAGCUCAGGGGCGGGGACAGUGGCUGCAGCGCGAGCAGCUACUGGGGAUGGUCGACCAGUACCCCUGAGUUUGGCAGGCAGAAAGAGGUCGACCCGCUCACCCGGUCGCCGACGAUCACCGGAGCAAGCCACGAGAUCGAGGGAAGGUGAAGACAAAGAUGAUCGCUGCUGAAGGUGGUCAGUUUGAGGUGAACGUUUCAGACGCUGUUAAAUAUGAGUUGGAAAUACAUCUCGUUCUGAACUAUUGUGUCAGGUGGAAAAGGUAUCACUCCUUGUAUGUCGAAUAAAUGGGUUUACAUGUUGUAUGAAAAUGACCCUAGUUUGCAACUUUAGAUUGUAGUUUCGGUAAUUAAUGAUAGCGAUAAAUGUAACUAGUGCUAUGGUUUGCUAAACGUAAUAAGGUUUACUCUGAU